ACAUGGCCGCUGUAUCGGCAAUACAACACUUGCAAUGUUUUGUAUAAUCAUAUUCAUUUUUUAUAAUGAAUAAGGUGUUUUAUACUUACAAGUAGUGAUUAGUGGUUUGUGUAGAGUGCUGUGAUAUUUGUAAUGGAUGCAGAGAGCGGAUAUGAAAUCAAAAGAGCCCGUGAUGCAAUUCAGAUGAUAGAGACCAUACAGUCAAUGAUAGAUGUUUCGGCGGAUAGACUGGAAGGUUUGAGGACACAAUGCUUAACAAGCGCAGAACUGACGCAGCAGGAGAUUCGGACCCUGGAGGGUAAACUAGUGAAACAUUUUUCUCGGCAACUAGUGAUAAAGGCAAAGUUUGGCGAGGAGCUACAGAGGGAGUUACGGGAUGUGCCGAGUUUGAGACAGUGGCUGAGGGUGGUGGGGCUCAGUGUGGAUGCUAUCGAGGCGGUCUGUUCCCGCAUAUCGUCGCUAGAGGCUCUCCGGGAGCGUUCGGAACAUGAGCUGCGCGCGAUACUGUGCGGUGCGCGGGAUGAGGAGGUGCGCAGGCUGGGGCGGGCCAUGCAACGGCUUAGGAGUUAUACAGAGGCCCUAGCGCGGGGGCACGAGGCGGUGGAGCUGCCCCUGUACUGGGACAGCUGGGAGCGGCACGGGCGGGGCUCGCCGCGCACGAGGGACGAGCGGAACCACAGGCGGGCCCCGAGGGCACAGGGCAACGGCGGCAAAUCUCCCACGACCCCGGUGGGGAAACGGAAGCAGAACUCCCACUUGCCCGCGCCGGACUCGCUGACGAAGUCGCGCUCGCACGAGUCGCAGCUGUCCGUGCGGCCGGACGCGUCUGAUCAUAGUGAUAACAGCCAAUCGUCAGCAGUUGGCAAUACAGAAACGAGUCCCCCCGCCUCACCGCACGAGCACGAACAUCCACAAAGGAUAUAUGAUACUCAUCAUGGCAGUCCCGCCAUGAGCGUGGGCGGGCCGCGGUCACCGCGCGUGAGCACGGUCACGCCCAUGACCGCGAGCAUGGUCACGGUCACGGGCACGGGCGCGACCAUGGGCGCCGUGGGCGGCUGCAUGGCGCACGAUAUAGCGCACCGCUUCACGAAAACGUUCAACAUGAUCGCCACUUGUGACUUUUGUGAUAAGCAAAUGCUGUUCGGGUCGGGCUUGAAGUGUAAAGAGUGCAAGUUUAAGUGUCACAGAGAUUGCGAGAGCAAAGUGCCGCCGUCCUGUGGGCUGCCGCAGGAAUUUGUUAAUGCGUUCAAAGAGAAGUUCCAUAAAGACGGUGGUUAUUAUUUAUCAUCUCCGGGUCGAAUCAUCCCCCCGCUAACACCCAAACGAAGACAGAGGCCGCCAGCACACCAUUAUUCGGGCAACCCCGACUCAUCAUCGAACACGUCAUCGUGCAACAGUUCGACCCCCUCAUCACCGGCUCUAGCCCCGCCGGCGCCGGCUCAUCACCAGCAUCACCACCACCAGCAGCAGCACCAGGUGGACAGGAGACGGUUCCACUUCCCCGAUGUGAAACCAACAGUGUCGAGUCCAAACCACACGUCAGCUGUGCAGUCACCCGCGAGGACCACAGCGGACUCCAAGCAUGAUCUCACGUGCAGUGUAAGGAGUGAAGGUUCCGGGCAGGUGUCUCUCAGUGGUUCUGGUUCGACUGACAGUGGAGGUCCGGCGAGAGACAAUUCUGUGGAUCUCGCUUCACAUGAUGAGAGGUGGCCGAGGCAGAAUAGCCUGUCCAUGAAAGAGUGGGACAUACCGUACGACGAGCUGAAGCUGUACGAGGUGAUCGGCGCCGGGCGCUUCGGCACCGUGUACCGCGGCAGCUGGCACGGAGCAGUCGCCGUCAAGCUGCUCCACGUGCACGCGCUCAGCGACCACUGCGCGCCGCUCGACACGUUCAAGCACGAGGUGGCUACAUUCCGCAAAACACGGCACGAGAACUUAGUACUCUUCAUGGGCGCGUGUAUGAAGCCCCCUAGACUAGCGAUUGUGACGUCACUGUGCAAGGGCAUGACGCUAUAUACGCAUAUUCACCUGCGAAAGGAUAAGUUCACAGCGAAUAAAAGUGUGCUCGUUGCGCAGCAGAUAUCGCAGGGUAUGGGCUAUCUACACGCGAGAGGAAUCGUCCACAAAGACCUCAAAACGAAAAACAUUUUCUUAGAAAAUGGCAAGGUGGUGAUCACGGAUUUUGGUCUGUUCAGUGUCACGAAGUUGUGUUUCGGUAACAACCCCCGCGGCGACAGUCUCGGCAUUCCAUCCGGCUGGCUGUGCUACCUAGCGCCAGAGUUAGUACGUGCGCUGAGGCCCCAUGCGUCAUUGCACCUGCCGUUCUCGAAGCACACGGACGUGUAUGCGUUUGGAACUGUGUGGUACGAACUGCUAUGCGGCGAGUAUCCGUUCAAAGGCCAGCCAGCAGAGGCGGUGAUAUGGCAAGUGGGCAAGGGGGCGAAGCAGUCGCUCGCUAACAUGCAGGCCUCUAGAGAUAUUAAGGACAUCCUAAUGCUCUGCUGGUCGUACAGAGCGAGCGAACGACCAGACUUCCCGCACCUGCUCUCCACGCUCGAGAAGUUACCCCGCAAGCGUCUAGCCCGCUCCCCUUCACACCCGGUACACUUGUCCCGUUCCGCGGACUCGGUGUUCUGAGAGCGGCUCGGCGCGCUGUGCGUACGCCCGUAACAGUGCAGUGAUGUAACAACAGUGAAGUGAUAUAACAGUGGAGUGAUUUGUAACUGUGAUGUGAAGUAACAGUGAUUUAUAACAGUCAUUUAACAGUGGAGUGAUGGAACAGUGUUGGAAAGUGGGAUGGGAUGUGGUAAGUGGGAGGGGUAGAUAUUGAAUCGAAAAUUUAGUGUAUUUAAGGUGGUUUUGAAUGUUUGUUUGUGCAAUUACGUUUUCUGGCAUUCUGUCGCUAUUUUUUUUUUAAAUACAUAUAUUGGUUUAAAAUCUAAUUUAACAAAAAUAUAUCUGUCUAAAGUUGUACAUUUUUUUAUGGUUAUUGUACAUGGGAAACAUAAUUGCACAAAUAAAUGUUUGAGCCCAAUCUUGUGUCUCACAUUUAUUGACCAAAUGAUGAAUUAAGUCAUCUACAAGAGUGCCUAUUUGUACGCAAUCCAGUGGUGAACACCUCAAAUGUCUUUGGUAAAAUAUUUUGCAAUAAAAAAAAAAAAUUAAAAUCUAUUUUAUUAUGUGUUGCAAAUAAGUGUCAAGAUUUAUAAUUUGAAAACACAAUUGAAAUUUAU